AAAAGUAUUCCUACAAUUUUGUGUUGAGAAGAAAAAAAAAAGAAAAAAUUAUAAUUUUUUUAUAAUUUUCUUUUAAAUUUUUUUUGUACAAAAAUUAAUAAUAUUAAAUAAGAAAGCGAAAAGCGUAUAGAAUGUCACAUCAACCCACGACAGCGGAUUUUGACAAAUUUACAACAUUUAAAAUAACAACAGGACAAACAGUGAAACGAACAUCCAAUGAAAGCCACGAUGAUGAAAGUAAAAAGCUGAAAUUGGAAAAGAGUGGGAGUGUUUUAACUAAUGUUGCAGGUGCAGCAAAUCCUGCCACACAUCUAAUAACCAGCAACAAUGUUAUGGCGGCUGCCGCAGCAGAAAUAAAUAGUAAAAAACUAAAGUCAAGAAUGAAAUUAAGUGAAACAAGUGCAUCGACAACAACAGCGUCAUCCUCAGCGGCAGCAGGGUAUUCAUUAAUAGUAGAAGACGCCACAACUACGGGCACCAUGAGUGAGGAGAGCUGUGAAUCUGGUGGAAAAACAUUUACGACAACAACGACUGCUGGUGAGGAAUUAAUGUUUAUUCGCAAACAUGUUACUAAUAAAAGUGAUACAUCUGCGGGAAAUUUAAAUAAUGAUGGCUGUGUGGAUGAGCGCAUUAUCCAUAUAGAAGGUGACCCCGGUGGUAAUGCUGCCACUUCAUAUAUAACUGCCAUGAGCACCAAGCCGCCUCCUAAACGUUUACAAAUCGGAAUGGCGGAGGCAAAAAAGUCCUUAGGUGACAGUAUCGACCUAAAAUUAAUUACCACCAGCGAAGGUCAAGGCGCAAGUAAGAUUUCCAUGGUAGCCGGAGAUAAAAAACCAGAACAAAUACUUAUCUCUGCCUCCAACACAACCAUAAAUCCUCAAAAUACGUUCACAUAUAGUCGAGUAUGCUCCGUCAGCAAUGUAUCCGGUCAAACGGGAGAGGCCGUUAAUAUAAAGAGUUUACAAGGUGCGGUGAAGAAUCAGUCAUUAAUGGUUUCGUCCAAAAAGUUAUUACCCGAAGUAACUCAAACGACUGCCAAAGUUUCAAUUGGCAAUACAACCAUAUCAGUGCCUUUAUUAAAGCCUUUAAGCUCCACACAAAUCAUACAAACUGGUAGUGGUAAUUCCGGCCAAGGAGGUUCUGCAGAAGGUACAAAAAGUGUUAUACAUACCAUUCAGACUGGAGGCAAUACAUCGUCGCAGACUCAAUUAAGUAAAAUACUUAAUAUAAAGCGUGGCCAAAAAGUGACACAACCGACUUAUGUGUCAUUUUCCCAACUGCAAAUUAAACCGGUGUCAACCGCUAAAAUUGUCCAAGCCAAAGUGGUAAGUAAAAAGAUACCACUGCAAAUACAGGCCGUACAGACGAACAAGUCUACGUUACUACAGCAAACCUCUGGGGUAGUUACCAUUACCUCGACCAAACCGGAUCCUCAUAAUAUGCAACAACAACAGCAGACAAUACAGGGUCAUAUUUUGCCUUCGCCUCAAAAGAAACAACAGUUAAGUUUUGUCAAAGAAAUACCCACUGGCGCCAUAAUAAAAACAACAUCUACCGCCAAUAUAGAAGAUGCCACUUCGUCAAAUUCCGGCAACAACUCGACGGGCGAACAAGGUUCUACAAAGCUCGCUGGUGAUUCAACCAUUAAAAUUUUGGAAAAGUCGCCACAGCUGGUAAAGGUUAAUACACAAGGGGACUCGUCUACAAAUUCGUCAAUUAUAGCCACUGAAUACUUGCCAACCAGCGUAAAAGUUGUUCACACAUCUGGGGCACAGCAACAUAUAAACGCCUCCAACAUACGUACCACAUUGGCCACGCAAAUGGAGAAUAUGGAGCAGCAGGGUAACGCAGGAAUGCAACAACCGCAGCAGCCACAACAGCAGAGAAUAAACAUUUGUCCCACGAUCAGUAUAGUAAGACAAAACUCUCCGCAACUGGUUACAACGUCAGGAAAUGUUUCAACUGUCUCACUGAGUAUGGCGGAUGCCGUAAGCGGCCAACAGAAACUUAUUUUAACCAAAUCACAGUUUGCCAAUGUCAGUGCGGCAAAUGUUUCUGCCUCUAUCGGCAAUACAAUGACUUCAAAUUUUCCUCGUAACAUUUCCUUAAUGUUGGCCAAAAGUUCAGCCUCUCAGCAAGUGUUCACAACAUCUGGGUCUAAAAAUACGCUGUGCGUUACAACAGCAGCCGGAAAUAAUAAAAUUAGUAGUGGUACGCGUCUCAAUCUCAACAUACAACCAAAUGUGAUCAAUUCAGCGACUCCAAUAUCUGCUCCUGCUAAUUCACAAAACGACAUAGAUUCAUCGAGUGGGACCGCAACAAUGGAUUCUACGGGUGGUAAUGAAUCAGGGACUGGAACAAAUGUACAGCAACAAACUACCCAUAUAACGCAAAAUCGUAAAAUCAUUCAGGUUUUGCCAGGUUUAUACAGCAGUAGCGAUGGAAGUUAUGUGAAGAUCACAAAAAACAAACCGCCACAAGAUGAUGAAGAUAAGAAAAAGGUGGAAAUAUUGGAACAGCACCAAAAGCAGCAGCAGCAGCAACAACAGCCGCAGACACAACAGAUGCAGCAUCAACAUCAUCCGCCACAACAAACUCAACAUAUACAGCUACAAAUACAACAACAGCAACAAACUACACAACAACAGCAGCAGCAAAAUCAUGUUCCACAACAACAGCAGCAACAACAAAUCCAUAUGCAAAUCCAACAGCAACAAAAUCAUCCACAACAAAUUCAUAUACAACAGUUACAAAACGCCCGACAACAGCAGAUACAACAACACAGACAGCAGUUAUUACAUAAACAGCAAAUGCAGCAGUUGCAAAAACAACAACAGCAGCAGCAACAACAACAGCAGCAGCAUCAACAGCAGCAGUUAUUAAAUCAACAACAAGCACAUGAUUCAACUAAUAGUUCCAAUACACUAUCAACUACCGAAAAUCAUCCAACUGAGUCAAUAACAACAACAGCAGCUGCAGCAACAGUAUCCAAGUUUUCCUUAAACCAAGCACACUCUUCUCAAUACAACCAUCAUUCAAAUGCGACCGGCAACACUACAGUAACAACACCAACACAAACAAAUAUAAACUCCAACAGUGAUCCAUCACCACAGCAGACCACAAUCAGCUUGCCAAAAGCAGAGGAAAGCAAUAAUGUUCUACUCAAACAAUUGUUACAAAAUUCCAACUCCACUCCCAGUAACCAAAAUCAAAACAAUUCUCGUUCUGGCGUAGGCACAUCCGCCUCGUCCUCAACUACUGUUUUAUCAGCGCGCAAAGUAAUCAAUGUACGUGCACCUAGUUUGGGUUUGGUUAGUUCCUUGGAAGCCCAAUUGGCUAGACCUGUUAUACCACCAGUACCUGCUAGUGAAUCUUCUACGACACCGGUAUCGGUUUCUCAAACCCCACCCACCAAUACAUCACAAUCCAUGAAACUAUUGAAUGACAGUUUAAAAGCGGCGAAUCAACAGAGUGCCCGGUCUCCGGUUCCAACACCUCCUCACUCAUUAACACCUGUUCCCAGUAGUAGUGUGAAUACGAAUACUCCUUCCCUAAUAAUUUCGACAACAAAAUCCAAUUUAACUCAGCAUUCGGAUAAAACAAAACUUUCUUCGUCCCCUCUUAUAUCGAAGGAAACUUCAUUUGUAUCCAAGCCAACACCACCACCGCCGCCGCCGCCGCCACAUUCGACGCCUACACAGACUUUGAAUAAAGAACAUUCUGAACAAAACAUUGAGAUAUUUUCUUUGCAACAAUCGUUGCAUCCGGGAGAAUCUAUAUUGAAAUCAGAACAACACCAACAUCAACAUCAGCAACAAAAGCCACAAACGGAUUCUUUGUCUUCAACCACAUCGGUGCCUGUACAUAUAAGUAACAAUAUUAUCAGCAGUGGUCAGCAAUCGUUUAAACAAUUCAUACAAGCGAAUCAAACAAAUCAAAAUCAAGCCUCUUUAACAACAAAAAUUACGAAAUAUGUACAAGAUGUUAAAAAAGCUGCCGCUGAACAACAGCAACAACAGCUUUUACAGCAACAUCAUUUGCAACAGCAGCAGCAACAGCAAUUGCAACAACAACAACAUCAGCAAAAUCAACCAAUGUCAGUUAGCCGAAGCUUUAGUACGCCAAGCUCUAUUGGAAAUGUUUCUGCUUUAAGUAAAGAAAAGAUUAGUGGCAAUGUUAUUCUUAAUACACAUGGCAAUCAACAAACCGUAAAUACAUCAUCGUCGUCAUCAUCCAACACAUCGAUGAAUGUAAAUCUCAAUGUAAAUGUGAGCCAAAGUCAAAGUCAUCAGCAAUUUGUGGGGACCGUACAGCAAAACAAAUCCUUCAGUGGUACAAAUGAAGGUGGACAAGCUGAAAGCAAUAAUCAAACCAAAGUGGUGGAUAGUCAAGCAACAACGACUCCAUCAACGAUCAUACAACAGCAGACAACACAUCAACCACAACAACAACUUCAUCUUCAUCAUCCGCAGCAGAGUCAAAAUCAGAUUCUUAUGCAACAUAUGCAACAACAGCAGCAGCAACAACAGCAACAGCAGCAACAACAACAGCAGCAACAUGAUCAAGCAAAACAAACUAUAAAACUGGAAGUAGAUGAAACAACACCAUUUCAACAAAUGCAACACACGCAAUUACAACAACAACAGCAGCAGCAACAAUCCUUUAGAGUUGCAUCUACAUCAUCAUUGCAUAACACUUUGACCAGUUCCAUGUCUACGACACCUACAAAUUCGGUAGCUUCGACACCAACCAAUGAGGCACCCUCGCUCUUAAACUUGAAUCACAAACAACAGCAACCACAGCAUAUGCAAACAACUCAUCAACAACCGCAUCAGCAACACUUAGUUCAUCCCAAUCAAAAUGUUACAGCAUCUUCGUUGUUAAAUGCUGCCGCAACAACAGCCAACACGACGACUACAACAUCAGCAUCAGCAUCGACAGCAGCCCCGAAUUCAGCAACUAAAGACGCCGAUCGCAAGAAACGCAAACGUGAUCAACAGAAACAGCGUAGACAAUUAAUUGGCAACACCAAAGACAGUGCCACAAAUAGUUCACCCGCAUUAGCCAGCACUUCGAAUGCCGCCAAUGCUAAAAAACGUUCACGUAAGUCGCUUAAGCUUGAGGAGGACUACGAUGGUUUCAUCGAUAAUCUACUGUCACACAUGCGUCAAAUGCAACCCUUGCAAGUGCUGGAACCUCAACUCAAUGUUAAUUACGGCGUUUGCAACAUUUAUGGCUGGCGUAAUUUUUUAAACAAUUCGAACUCGAAUUCAAACUCAAACGCUACAUCGCCCAUCAAAGAAAGCCAGCAAAAUGAACGAUCCCAUAUGUUCGAACAAGAACUGGAAGGUGAAUACGGUGCUGCCUAUUUGCCCAAUAAAGUGCCUUUUUAUGACCCUAAGAAUUUUAUGGAGCUAAAGACAAAAGAUGAUUCGAAUUCGUCUAAUAUCCAGAAUAACUAUUACGACCAAGAAUUUACGUCGUUCACGUAUAAAACAGAACCAGAAAAAUUGUCCAGCUGGGUUAAAGUGUAUCGAGAAAGAGCAGUGGAGUCCCCUGAAGUGGUCAGCAAUAAAUUGCUGAUGCCCGUAGAUCCGGUUAAAACCAUGCGUUUGAAUAUGUUGCAGCAAGAAACAUUUCCUGGUCUAAUCUUAAUGAGUAGCACCCAGCAAAAGUUGGGUCGCAUGUCGCCUGUGAUACCGUUUGUGAAUUCGAUGGCUUUAAUUACAAAGCGCAAGAAAACACCACUAAAACCUUUGGAAAACGAUGCAGCUGCCAAUGGUUUAUAUAUGAAGGACCAUCAUCAAGAUGAUUUAUUGGAUAAUAAAGUGGGCAUUAAAAGCAGUCUUAACAACCAGAAUGUUAUAUUGUCAUUGCCCACAUCGUCGGCAGAACGUUUGUUGGAUGUUUUGAAAAAUCUGGCCAAUCUUUUGCAAUUAUCUACACCGAUUCCGUAUAAAGUUGUGGACAACAACGGUGAUGCUGAGGCUGAUUGUGAGCAGAAAAUGGAAAGUUCUUCCCUAACAGCGGUCGAUCGGGAAAUGGCCUUAAAACAUCUCUCCAUACAAAAUAUACUGAAUGGCAAGUUUAAAAUGUGUCGUCAUUGUGGCAAGGCCAUCAAAGGUCGUUGUAUUAAAAAUACAGACGAUUUUACAAAGACAAGAUUCCAUGCAACAUUAUUGCAGCCAACACAGCCAAGAUAUUUCUGUAAUAAAGGAUGUUAUGUACAAUUCCGUUGGUCGAUUGAAAAGAAAACAUCUACGCCGGAUCUAAAAUCAGUAUUAGACUCCAAGAGCGCCGAUUCUGCCCUCGAAGCAGCUGUAGAAGCAGCAAAAGAAAGCGAUUUGGAUAGGCUAACAGACGAUAAGGAUAGUUUGAAAGCGUUGCUGGGCACAAUACAACAAACAGACAAAACUUCAUCUACUUCAUCAACAAACACUACCACAACAGCAGUGGCAGCGGGAGCCGUAGCCGUAGCCGGUGUCGGUGCCAUAGCGACCAUGAUAAAGGAAGACAAAUCGGUGGCGGAAGCAGUGCCAAAACCCAAGAAAAUUCCCUUUCGGUACUUCAGUUCGAAAUGUUUUCAAACUACCACACCUGCCAAGCGUAUGUCGGAGAAAGAAAUACGAGAUUUAUUAUUUAAAAUGGAUAUAACCAUGUCCGUAACCACAGCACAGUGUAAUGUCGGAGAGCCCGGUACCCAUCAUCCCAUCGAGGAUCGACGCCAGUGUGUGUUAUGCACUCAAAUGGGUGAUGGUGUAGCCGAUGGUCCUUCGCGUCUCUUAAAUUUCGAUGUCGACAAAUGGGUGCAUUUAAAUUGUGCUUUAUGGUCCACUGAAGUGUAUGAGACCAUAAGUGGAGGUCUGGUUAACUUUCCAUCGGCUCUACAAAACGGUCUUAAUCAAAGUUGCAAUACUUGCCAACAGCUGGGAGCCACCGUUAAAUGUUACAAAACACGCUGUGGCGCUGUCUUUCAUUUGCCCUGUGCCAUCAGAGAUCAGUGUGUGUUCUAUCAAAAUAAAACCAUACACUGUCAGGCACAUGCUUCACGUAACGACAAAGACAAGGAGCUGAUAACGUUGUCAGUGCCUCGUAGAGUGUUUGUUGAAAGAGAUGAAAAUCGGCAGGUGGCCGCCAUAAUGCAUCAUUCCGAAAUGAUGAAUUUAAUGCGUGUUGGCAGUUUAAUAUUUUUAAAUGUGGGACAAUUGUUGCCCCAUCAGUUGGAAGCAUUUCAUACACCAAAUUAUAUAUAUCCAAUUGGUUUUAAAAUCAUACGUUUCUAUUGGUCUAUGAAUCGUCCGAACAAACGUUGUCGUUACAUAUGUUCCAUUGCUGAGGUAGCGGGUCGUCCGGAAUUUCGCAUUGUUGUCCAAGAAUUAGCGAAACCAGAUGUUGAGUUGCGUGACAUUACACCGAAAGCGGUGUGGCAACGUGUUUUACAGCCUGUGGCUGAAAUGCGCAAAACUCACAACUUGGUGAAACUCUAUCCCGAGUUUAUAAGCGGCGAAGAUUUGUUCGGUCUAACGGAGCCCUCCAUUGUGCGCAUUAUUGAAAGUCUACCGGGUGUAGAGACCCUAACAAAUUAUCGCUUUAAAUAUGGCCGUAAUCCUUUAUUAGAUUUACCAUUAGCCUUAAAUCCCUCUGGGGCAGCUCGUACAGAACCAAAGCUUAGACACCUCAUGGGUUGGAAGAAACAUCAUCCGCAAAGAACCUGCAGUAAUGUCAAUUCCCUGGGCCAUCAAGGUAGUAUGAAUACGGUGGCAGCUGCCGGCGAAGUUUCGUGUCCCUACAGUAAACAGUUUGUACAUUCAAAGAGUUCGCAGUAUAAGAAAAUGAAACAAGAAUGGCGUAACAAUGUUUAUCUGGCUCGAUCGAAAAUUCAAGGUUUGGGUUUAUACGCUGCUCGUGAUAUGGAACGUCAUACUAUGAUUAUUGAAUAUAUUGGCGAAGUAAUACGUUCGGAAGUUUCUGAAAUACGUGAAAAACAAUAUGAAGCUAGGAAUCGUGGCAUAUAUAUGUUUCGUUUGGAUGAAGAUCGUGUGGUUGAUGCAACAUUAUCUGGUGGCUUGGCUCGUUACAUAAAUCACUCUUGCAAUCCGAAUUGUGUUACAGAAAUUGUUGAAGUUGAUCGUGAAUUACGCAUAAUAAUAUUUGCUAAACGAAGAAUUAAUCGUGGUGAAGAGCUUUCUUAUGAUUACAAAUUUGACUUGGAAGACGAAGGUAGUAAAAUACCCUGUAUGUGUGGUGCCCCCAAUUGUCGAAAAUGGAUGAAUUAAAUAAAAUUUCAAAUUGAUUCUCCAGUUUCGCAACAAACAUUUUUUUAGUUAAUAUUUUGUUUUUUAUGUUAAGAAAAAAGUAUAUAAUAUACAUAUAUAUAUAUAUAAAAUACACUAUAUUUAAAGUAAAACACAAUCACAAUAGUAGUGUAUUAAAUAAUAACAACAAUUAUUUCUAUUUAGUUAAUGCACUACAUUAUUUAAUUAUAACAAUGAUAAGUUAAUAUACUAGAUAUUCAAAAUACAUAUAUAUUUUCUUUAUGUACAAACAAGUUGUACAUACCACUUCUAUAUAUUUUAAGCAAAAAAACAACAAACAACUAGAGUAAAUAAAAGCCAGUGAAUUUGGUUGAAAAUAUUUUCAAUUUAUUUCUAUCUU